ACUGAGAAGAUGUCCCUGUACGACGACCUGGGAGUGGAGACCAGUGACUCAAAAACGGAAGGCUGGUCCAAAAACUUCAAACUUCUGCAGUCUCAGCUCCAGGUGAAGAAGGCAGCUCUCACUCAGGCAAAGAGCCAGAGGACAAAACAAAGUACGGUCCUUGCCCCAGUAAUCGACCUGAAGCGAGGUGGCUCUUCAGACGAGCGGCAGAUCGUGGACACCCCGCCGCACGUGGCGGCAGGCCUCAAGGACCCGGUUCCCAGUGGGUUUUCUGCAGGAGAAGUUUUGAUUCCCCUAGCUGAUGAAUAUGAUCCCAUGUUUCCUAACGAUUAUGAGAAAGUAGUGAAGCGCCAAAGAGAGGAGCGACAGAGACAGCGGGAGCUGGAAAGACAGAAGGAAAUAGAAGAGAGAGAAAAGAGGCGUAAAGAUAGACAUGAAGCUAGUGGGUUUUCCAGGCGACCAGAUCCAGAUUCUGAUGAAGAUGAAGAUUAUGAGCGAGAGAGGAGGAAGAGAAGUAUGGGCGGAGCUGCCAUUGCACCACCCACUUCUCUUGUAGAGAAAGACAAAGAGUUACCCCGAGACUUUCCUUAUGAAGAGGAUUCAAGACCUCGCUCACAGUCUUCCAAAGCUGCUAUCCCUCCCCCAGUGUAUGAGGAACAAGACAGACCCAGAUCCCCGACUGGCCCCGGCAACUCCUUCCUCGCCAACAUGGGUGGCACAGUAGCACAUAAAAUCAUGCAGAAGUACGGCUUCCGGGAAGGCCAGGGUCUCGGGAAGCACGAGCAGGGCUUGAGCACAGCGCUGUCAGUGGAGAAGACCAGCAAGCGGGGAGGCAAGAUCAUCGUGGGCGACGCCACUGAGAAAGAUGCAGCCAAGAAGUCGGAUUCAAAUCCAUUAACUGAAAUACUUAAGUGUCCUACUAAAGUGGUCCUACUAAGGAACAUGGUUGGUGCAGGAGAGGUAGAUGAAGACUUGGAAGUUGAAACCAAGGAAGAGUGUGAAAAAUAUGGCAAAGUUGGAAAAUGUGUGAUAUUUGAAAUUCCUGGUGCCCCCGAUGAUGAAGCAGUACGAAUAUUUUUAGAAUUUGAGAGGGUUGAAUCAGCAAUUAAAGCUGUUGUUGAUCUGAAUGGGAGGUAUUUUGGUGGACGGGUGGUCAAAGCAUGUUUCUACAAUUUGGAUAAAUUCAGGGUCUUGGAUUUGGCAGAACAAGUGUGAUUGUAAGAACUAGAGCCUGAGUCAUCUCCAAGGAUCCUUCAACGAGCCACAGACUGAGCAGAGGAGAGCAAGGCGACAGGCAGCCUGCGUGGCUGUGGGUACAGAGACUCUGGAAGGACUUCUAAGAUAUAUGUUGACUGAUCCCUUUUUUAUUUUGUGGUUUUUUAAUAUAGUAUAAAAAUCCUUU